AAAAAAUGUGGGAACGGGGAGAGAACCCCUACCCCUAAUUUAAAUUCACCGUCCGACAGCCGGAACACUGAUUAAUCCUCUUGCAUGUUUCGGUAUGUUUUACCAGGUUCAAAAACAACAAGCCACACCCAUGGAGCAAGGACGUGUCGUCCUUCAUCGUGUACCCGGAAGCGGCCAACCAAACGAUCUACAGCCCGCGGCUAGAGGAGAACGAUAUCGGCAACUACAGCUGCAUACUGCGAAACGAGACGCACGCAAUCAAGCACGAAAUCGAACUGCGGUUACAGGAUAAAUUGGACAAUCCGAUGCCGACCUUCCGGCCGAAGGAUCUGGUGGUGAGCGUGGGCGAAAGUGCCCGGUUCUACUGUGAGGCGUUCGUCGGCAACCUCUACCUGCCGGACGCGACCAACGAGAUCGUCUGGAGCCAAAUGUUUGACGACCAUCCGCACAACGUUACCGACAGCAUGCAGGUGAACGUGACUAGGGAGGAAGGACAAAUCAUUGGUUCGUACCUGUCGAUACCGAACAUCCAGACACACCACUACGGACGCUACCGGUGCCAGAUCGUAUCGGGAAAUUCGGCCCAAAAGCUGAACCUGAGCGUGCUGCUCUCGCCGGUCGAGGUGACCGCAAUCACCGACACACAACUGUCCGUGCUGGUGUACGUAAUGGCAACGCUGCUCCUGGUGCUCGUUAUACUGUUUGCCUGGAUCUGCCGGACGGUACAGCAGCGCACCACCCACAAAAAGGAUAACCGCUGUUCGGCCCAGUUUAUCGCGAACAAUGAGCACGAGAACGUCUAAAGCACUAAUCCUGGUGCAUCCAGCAUACAACAAAAACCCGGGGGCUCUGUACAUGGGUGUGUGCAUGUGUGUGUGUGCGGGGAUGGUGGUGGUCACGUUUUUGUGUAGACAGGUUGAAGAGGAGUCUCGUCCGGCUCCUGGGCGUCCGGGCUACUGCAUCUCUCUAAGCAACGGAGUCUUCAAAUUCGUUCCCGACUUUAGUGUCAAUGUUCUGUACAGUUAGUGUUAGUAUGCAAAAAAAGAACAACAAAACAAACGAGAAGGCAACACUCCAAUAACCGGGGCGGGAUAGGAUAAAGAAAAAUGGCAGAAAGUCAGAGGAAGAGAGAGAGAGAGAGAGAGACAGAGAGAGAGAGAGAGACAGAGAGAGAGAGAGAGAGAGAGAGAGAUACACACACACAUUCCACCGCGUCUUUUUCUUCUGUCCCGAGACACUAAAAACUCGGCCCAGACCAAUGGACGCUUUCGCUGUGAAUCCCUUUUUCUUCCUUGUGUUGUAUCGUCCUGGUGAGGCGAGACGCUGCAAAAACACGGAAAAUCCUGUCGGAGAACUGAGAAACAUCCCAUCCACCGCCGCCACCCACCACCCCCGCGUGUGGUACAAACCGCGAAACCACAAAACUGCAUUUAACAAAGUAUUAUGAAUGAGUUUUGCUAAAAGCAAUCACUAGGAUUAAUGUGGGGCCGUUACUAAAUAGACGAAGAAGAAGAAGAAGAAACGGGGGGAAAACAACUACCGCUGCUGUAACCGUAAUGUCGAUCGAUGUGUGCUUAUAUUACCACUACCAGUGUUGUUGUGUUGUGUAGGAUGAACAAAAAAAAAACAAAACGGCAACAGCAUUUUGGACUUUGCUUUUCGACAGUGCGGCAAGUCAGGUGCCUGAUUCCUGAUGAUCCUACGCGAUCCUUGUCGAACGAGCGAAAGAGGAAUUUGUUAAAAACACAUACAUACACACACAUACAUAUAUUUAUCGGGUAUGAACUAUAAAAACACAUUGUAUACGAAUGCUGUAACCAACAAACGACAAACCAACACAAACACACAAGGUCCAAAGGAGCCACCAUACAAACACACACGCAUGCACCAAGAGGCGCGCGCUGCCCGGGAGCAGGACAGAUUACAGAGGAUUUACCGGGUGUUUUUUAAGCUGGUAACAUCACUUUUCAUUGCUGUAAAGGACUAUUGCAACAUCCGAUGGAUAAGAAUUUCAACACCGUCAAGUCAUAUUGCAACCUGUCCUGUCCAACUGAACUCCAGUGGUUCUCAAGUCAAACCAGAUGAAACAGUCCUCCACGGCAAUGCAAAAUGGUGUUAACAUUGAAAAAUGAGCCUGUAAAAUCCUGUAAUAAGACAAACACAGGCACACACUGUUAAGCUAACUAUGGCGAUAAUCAAAAAUACCGCAAGUAAUUUAAAAACUCUAUUUUCACUCCUGUCAUUGAAUGUAAAGGGGCAAGAGCAAGGGACGAACCACACGCACACACCAUAUUCUAGUAGCUUCCGGGGCGUGCUCGCGCGCGCGGUCGUUUGUGUGCGUGUUAGUGUACAUAAACUAAAAGACGUUGUAUGAUUAUCCUUCGAAAGGAGACACGCAACACAAAAACACACAUUGGACACGGGCAAAACCGUGUUACCUAUUUGUGAGACUAGUGAUUGUAGUUGUGGUAAACACACACCCCCCAGACACGCGCAGAUAUAAGUGAACUUGAGUAACCGAGAAAUGCAGCGCUCGCACACAAUAUGAUGAUGAGCUUAAACUGUAGGCCGAGCCGAGCAAGUGGUGUGACGUGCUACAGUGAUUACGCGCAAUAAUCCGCGUUGGCGACAGGGCGCAAACAGACGCACGUGGUGAUCGUUUAAUUUAAUGACACACUAUUUAUUAACUCCGCGAAGGAUGUGGCAGAGCGUGCGAAAGCUGCUAAACAAAUGACACAGUGACUAACUAUGUAACUACUUAUAUAUAUAUAUAUUAAGAUUGUAUUGAUUAGAUUGAUUAGGGAGGGAGAGAGAGAGAGGGGGGGGGGGAGGAAGAAACGACAACAGGCAGCUGAAGGAGGGGAAACUCCACCACUAAGGAAGUUGUACUACGUUUAGUUCAUUUCGUAGGUUCGUUUUCUCUGCAUUGUACAUGGUUUUUUUUUUUGACACUCCACUGGUUUGAGUGUCAGGUCCGGGAAUGAUUUGUACAGCUUGUAAAGGCAGUUUUAAUUUAAACGAUCUCGUUUUAGGGGUAAACUGUGAGGCCGCCGUUUUGUUAAGAUUUAUUUUUUCAUUACCAAACGCUUCAUCUUAGAUUUCAAAUUUCCCCGUUUUGCAGUGGUAGAUAAAAGCGCUUGGCUAUAUGUAUAAGGGCGCAACGAACGCCGCAUUCGUUGCAACGUGAUAAAACCCACAGAAACAAAAACAUCCCCAGCCGGUGUAAAUGCGUCGUAAACAAGACUCAGCAGCGUAAACAACGCAGCUCUGCCAGCUCCCAAUUGUUUGUUUGGUGUGAAAAGAGGCGAGAGAUAUCGAAUUUAAUAUGAACCCUUUCCUACCGUUCGCGUCUAAAGGGCGUAUCAUUCUGUGAAGACUAAGCUAUACAAAACAUACAAAUUAUAAUGAAAUGAAGAAACAAAAACAAAAUCAUACAAGAAUGAUAUAACAGUACAGGCAACAACUACUCAACAUGCUAGCUCCUCCUAAAACAGAACUAAACGCGCUUCAGAAUGAACCCAGCUCGGCAGUUCGAAAGGCUGCGGAGUUCUUGUUGCUGUGCUACUACUCCCCACCCGGGGCAGUCAUAUGAUGGUUGGUUGGCAAACCAAGCCGAUGGUUUGGAAUUUAGUAGAGUGCGAAGUUUGUGAGAACUGCUGCCACCGUAGCGCAUGGAAGAGUGGAAACAUAAUCGAUAAACAACCCACAUUUAUUAAUAGAAAAAUCAAAAAAAAAACCCUAUCUAACAUUGCCGUACUCCAGCCAUGUUUAUACUACAA